AUGGAAGAAGAGCAUGGCCAAGUAAUUUGCCCCAAAAAGCAUGGACAAACGAAGAUUAUGACCACCUACAUUUUUGGAAGGUAAUUUUUGACAUUUUUCGUUUUUUUUUUUUUGAAAAAUCGAUGUUUUUCAGGCCAUAUCAAACCACUCAAACAUCAGAUGGCCAUCAAUGGAUUCGGGUGGGCGGUGGAUAUCAGCGCCGUUCGGAGUUGGAGACCCGACUGUUUCAACGGCGGCUUGAAAGACAAAAACUCCCGAAAAAUCUGAGAAGAUGGUCAAGCACUGCCACUUAUACCGUGGAGAACAGUGAAAUCGGUGAGAUCUCUUCGAUUUUGUAUUUGCAAACAUUUCCGCCAAAAGUUCGCAAAGGUACGGCCGAAAAACGGUUUUUCUCACACCGUCUCUUCAUUUUCUAUACUCUCUAAUCUGCAAAGAUCGUUGAAUAUCUCGGCUGCGGCUGCAAAGCUUCCGCUGAAAUUUUCAGACAUUGAUUUCCAACCUAUUUAGGCAAUGUAUGCAAAAUUUUAUCAGAUUCGAAAAACUUUUUUAUAUUAUCCAUGACACAUUUUUACAUCAAAAUUUUUUAGUCAAUUCGCCGGAAUCUCUUCCAAAUGUCAACCGGACCAUCUGCAUUGCCCGUCCACUCAGUUCCGCGGAUGAUACGCUCGUUGAGGACACCAGAACCAACGAUUCUUUCGACUUUGCCAUUGCCAGACGGCCAAUUCCCAAGAUUUUUCCUCAAAAAACCCAUAAAAUCUCAAUCGAAUCGACCAAAAGCCCUGAUGCAAACUCCAAGGACUUCUUGGAGGUGGACGAAAAGUCAAGUGAAGAGUUUUUGGACGCGGACGAAAAAGAAAAUCUUGACGAAAUCUCGGAUUGUUCCCAGAAAACCGCUUCCACCGCCCAUUGGAUCAACAACCCCGCUCCUAAAUCCGAUACCUGCACUGCAAAGUCAAGCCCACGAUUUUCCGACGAUUUCAGCAGCAAGACCAAUGUCUAG